AUGACUGUGAAGGAAGAAGCGACCGGGGCAGGCUCACCUGGGGGAGGUGCAGGUGCCUCUAGAGCAGGUGCAUCUGUGGACCUGACGUGCGAGGAGGACGAAUUGAAACUGAGCCUGGAUGCUGCAGAGGAGACUGAGGGUGGGGGGGCAGUAGCAGGAGCAGGAGGAGGAAAGGGAGGCGCAGUCAAGCAAGCAACAUUGACAAACGACCCUAACCCCGCAGGGCACAGCGACACGGUGAUGCAGCUGCAGUACGCGGGAGGCAACGGGCCGCUGGGCUUUGGAUACAAGAUGGUUCCGCGCAGCGCUUCAAUCACCACCACCCCCUCCUCCCUCCCCUCCCUGGGCGCUGGCGCUUCAUCAGCACCAGGUUCCGCCUCAGCUGCUGCUGCUGCUGCUGCUGCACAAGCGGCACGGGGAGCGGGCGACAUGGGCGGGUUUAUGGAUGAUAUGGAGGAGGAUGAUGAGGAGGAUAUGAUGGGGGGUGGAUCAGGGUACAGCCGCAAGCGGGGGUUUGUGCAGAACGCUGCGGCGUCGGCAGCGAGGAAGCGGCGGCACGACAUGAACCACCGCGUCAAGCGCCUGCUGAACCUCGUGCCCGUCUCCAAUAAGAGAGACACGGCAGCCAUGCUGCUGGAGGUGAUACAGCUAGUGCAGUCCACCAUCGCUCAGAUUAAGGUACGCACAACCAUCCAUUCUUGUCUCGUCUGCUGA